CCCCUAGUCCGGCUCCCCACCCUGAAGACAAGCAGGAGCCUUAAAAUACUCGAGAGGAGGCCUGCGAUGAUCCGCACUCAGCAGCUCGGAGCAGCGGGCUCUCUGCGCCGCCGGACUGCGUGAUUCUUGCGGGAUUGGAUGAAAAGUUAACUUGGCUCCCGUGCGGGGCGCGUGGGGGACAUCGGAGAGCACGGGCUCGCCUGGCAGAUGCGUGUCUCGCGGAGCCGUGCGGGUUGAACAUGUCUCUGUGAGGGGGGACAUGUCUCGCUCCAGCGCUGCGGUACCGUGAAGGAAGCAGGAACCGCAGCGGCCAUUACCGCAGCAGCAGGGCCCGUGAUGGAGGAGGGAGGACCGGGCGGAGAGGAGCCCGGGGAGCUCCGGUGUGCGGAGCAGGCGGAGGUGCUCUCAUUAAUAAUAAGCGGGGAGGAGGAAGCGACGCAGGCGGACAGUGAAGCGGGAGGUAAAGAGAACAGCUGCGGGGGUGAUUCUGUUUGUUUGGCACCGCACGGUCAGUGUGCGGGGCUGUCACAGACACGCCAUUGUCAGGCCGCCCGUUAAUCCGUGUCAGGGACAAUACCGGAGCAGCAUGGCCCCUCCGUCUGUGGCUCCUAUAAACAAAGGCUCAACAGCACGCAGGCAGGCAGGCAGGCAGAGCGACACAGCGCCGCCCCCUGGUGGACGGUCGCUGACAUGAAUAAACAACAACAAGCAGAAUAAUAAUCUAUCAGACAGGUCAGCGUGGGGAUUAAAAAUAUCAACUAAUGUUAAUCAGGAAAGGACAGGAGUUUAAAAUCAAGCAUAACUUUAAUCUUUUACACACUGUUACUCUAUUGUGUUACUUCUGAGAGUCUCUUGACAGUUACAGCUAUAUUUAUCUUUAUCUGUUCUUCAGUAAAAAUAAAGCCUCUUAAUAUUCUUUCAAAACUUUUCUGCACUGAAAAAAUAAAUCAACGUUUAAACCCAAUUCCAUAAGAGACGGGACACCAUAAAAUAUAUUUGAUAAUUAUUUUAAUUAUUAGAAUAUUAUUUAAAAUUUUAUUUUUUUGACUUGGCAGCACAGAUAAUUCAAUAAAACUGACAUUAAUCAACAAAGAAUGUAGCAAGAGAUUAGAAAAAAUACUACGAUUUUACAAAACCUGGACACUACAGAUGUUGAAGGUUUACAAAUCAUUUUAUGACUGUAUUUACCUGAAGAUAGAGGAAAGACAACAAAUCAAAAGUUAAGACUGUUUUUAUUUUAUGAAAAUUUGCCCAUUCUAAUUUUGAUGUUAAAAAAAAUUGUUCCAGGUCCAUAUCUCUCAUCAUGUAUCCUCAGAUCUUCUUUCACCAACUCUCUGUAGACCUUAGUGAACCCAGCAGACCAGGUUCUGGAGUCUGACAGUGAAAUGUCCCAUUCUUGCCUGAUAGAGGAUUUCAGCUGCUCAACAGUUCAGGGUCUCCUUUUUUUUCCUGUUUUUGGUGUCAUGACGCUCCAAAUGUUUUCAGUGGGGCACAAAUCAGGACUGCAGAUAGACCAGUUUAUCAGCAGGACUCUUCUACUACAGAGCCACGCUGCUGUAAUCCCUGUUGUCAGAAUGUGGUUUGCCAUAGUCUUGCUGAAAUAUGAAGGUCUUUCCUGACAAAGUCAUUGUCUGUACGGCAGCAGAUGUUGCUCCUAAACAUGUAGAUGUUGUUCAGCAAUAAUGGAGCCGUCACAGAUGUGGAAGAUACCCAUGACAUGGACUCUGAUGAUCCCCAUACCAUCAGGGAAAUGUCUCAAAAUUCUGUAUUUUCCUGUAAAAAUCAAAUUUUUAAAUAAAGAAAUAAAACUGAAUCUCUGUUCCUCUCUUUAAGACGGGGACGGUCUGGCUAACGGUCAUGGUGAGGAGGAACCUGGCGUGGUCACACCUGUCAGAACAGCAGGAACCAGCUACUGGAACAUCACGGAGGUCCAGGACCACCCGCUGCUCCUCUCCCCGGCCCCAGGCCCCUCAGGACGUAAACCCCCAGUCCAGAAGGCCUCGCGUCCAGGCCUGAGCCGGAUUCCGGGCCGCGACCACCGACGGUACUACCAUGAGUACUGGAGGAGCGAGUACCUGAUGGACUUUGACCCGCAGAGACACGGGAUGAUCUGCAUGGUGUGCGGCAGCUCGCUCGCCACGCUGAAGCUGUCCACCAUCAAACGACACAUCAGGCAGAAACACCCGGACUCCCUGCUGUGGAGCGUCGCAGACAAGGAGGUGAUCCGCUCUGGCUGGGAGAGUCACCUGAGUCUGGGUGGGGGUCAAAGGUCGUACAGCUCUGCAGAGGGACCUUCAGUGCAAGAGGAGGAGGAGCAGCUGGACUCAGAGCAGCACGCAGCAGGUGGGUCGAGUUUAUUGUUUUUGAUUUUUAUUAAAGUAAAGACAAAAAUUAAGGCUGAUGGUCCGGCUACUAAGAAUAAAAGGAAAGGUCAGUCACAUGAGCCAGUCAUCAGAUCGAGCGCUGACUUUCCACCCUAACCAAACCCUUUAACAACUACAUCCUGAUCCUAACAUGCAAAAAAGCUGCAGAAAAAAAACACAGCUGUCAAUCUGAUCUGUGAAAAAAAAUACCUGAGUGAGAGACAGCGCAGGAGCUGCUGCAGGCGGGAGGACUGCGAAGAGAACACGCCAUCAGCUAUCGCCUUAGCAGCCACACCUCAGAGAUAAACCAGCCGGAGUGAGUGAGCAAAUCUGCACGUAUGACUGAAGAGAAGAAAAUUUUUAAGAUUUGACAAAGUUGUGCCUCAUUUUUAAAGGUGUUUAUCAUUCAGAAGAGGACUGUGUAUUUUCUUUUUGCACUAAAUGUUCAAUGCAGCUUAUUUUCAUAGUUACUUUUCACACAAAUCAACAAAACUAAAAAGCCUCUGAGUUAAUGAUGUGAGGAGACUGACCUUUAAACUUUAAUGUUUUUUCCCCUAAAAACAUCCGAUAACAGUGGGAUAGUCUUAUAUUAGGGUUCAGUGCUGACCAUUUCAAUGCUGAUAAAUCAAGUCUUCCUUUUAAAUCGUGUAACUGUUGUGUUAACAUUACACAAAAACAGUCAAAUAGAGCCACUGUCUGUAAAAUCCACUCACUCUGUGAGACUGGCAGCUUUUGUGUGUCUGUGACAUCCUGGGUUUGUUUUUUAGAGUCUGUCUGGGCACAUCCAUCAAAAGUGAAGGUGAUCCGUGAUGAUUGUAGUUUUUAUCUAAACAGACGCCACAGUUUGCUCUUCAUGUGUAGCGGCCCUCGACAAAUUACACAGCGGUAGAGUUCGACUGGUGUUCGAAUCGUCUUUAUUAAGAGACGCUGUGAAACUGUGAAAAGCAAACAAGACAUUACAAUCUGCAUAAAUCCAAAAUUUAAAUUCAUUUAUUACAAAUACAAAAGUUAAAAUAAGAUCAACAGCAUUUAAUAUAAUCAAUCAAUCACCUCGUACACUUAGUGGUGACGGGCGCCUUUUCAUUUUGUCACUGUUGACCAAAAAUGUUUAAACAAUGAAACAAUAGCAAAUAUAAAUAUGUAGAAAAACAAACAUUACUUGCUACACACCAAAAGUCUUGCAUGGGUGUACCGAGCACCUGCUUUGAUCAAACUGAAAGGUUGGCAUCUGAUGUCACUGUUUACACAAUUUCUGGGGUUGCGAUGCCGACACGGGAACAUGAAUGUGACCCCAACAACAAAGAAGGGCCAGUGGCCACUUACAUCAUAUAAAGACCAAUUAAAACCAGUUACAUUGAACAGUUUUAGGUUUUUCUCUGGUUAAAACUCACACAUUUUUUACUUAAAUAAAACUUAAAAGUGGAUUAUGCAACUUUAUACAUGAUCAUUUUUGCAACACUGAGCAAAAACAAACUGGUAGAAACAGAAAGUGUUCUAGGAAGCAGAUGCUGCAGGUAACCAACAAAUAAUAAUAUUUCAGUACCUGGAGCCCCCUCCUGACCUGAAGUCUUUUUAUUAGCUGGUCUAUCAGCAGGGACUUGUUGGGGGUAAGAUAAAUAAUGUGCACAGGGCUCAGGUUUUAUCCAGGUCUAGAAACACGCUCAGCUCCUGGAAAAUUUUCUGCAGAUAAAAUCUUCUUUUUAUUUGGACUUAGACUGACUUUUAUUGUCAUUCAGUGUGCAGCAGGUGAAUACAGACCAACAUUUCAUUAGCAUAUGCCUCAGUUAUUGUUUCCACACUCAAAAACAUCAGAAUUACAAAAACAGUCCAAAUGCUUUAAGUCUUAAAAUAUACAGCCAAACAUUUGUCGUCUUAAAACAGUAAAAAUGUACUUUCAAUUUUUGGCUUCAUGUGUUUUAAAUCCAGCAGAGCCCCCGUACCCAGUGACCCCCCAGGAGCAGCAACAACAACCUCUCAGCCAAUCCCCUUGCUUUGAGGAGGGUGAAGCCCCCCAGCCCAAAGAGGAGGAGGAUCAGGAUCUCCCGGGGCCGUCGGCUCGGACUCUGGAGCGCUACCUGAACGACUCCCUUCACGCCUGGUUCAGACAGGAGUUCCUGAUGGAGUACGAGGCGGAGGCGGGCCGGCUGCUGUGCAUGGUGUGUGGAGGAGAGCUGCCCUCGCUCCACCUGGAACACAUCAAGAGCCAUGUGUUGGACACCCAUCCGAACUCCCUGGUCUACAGCUCGGAGGAGAAGCACUGCAUCCUGCAGGCCUGGGCGCAGACUCACGGUGAGAACACACGCACACUGCAGAUCAUCUAAAGCUCCAAAUGUAGUGAAAACUCUGCAAAGACAAAGUUUAUAUUAUUAGAGCUGAUGGAUUAAACGUUUCGUGAAAUUUAUAGACGCUCAGUUUGAAUUUGGUAACAGCAACAUGGUCCAAAAAGGAAAGGAAGUUUCAACAAGUCAGGACUGCAGAUAGACCAGUUUAUCAGCAGGACUCUUCUACUACAGAGCCAUGCUGUUGUAAACCCUGUUGUCAGAAUGUCGUUUAUCAUUUUCUUGCUUGAAUAUAAAGGUCUUCCCUUUAAACAGUUUUGUCACAGUUUUGUGUUCUUGUCUGUCCUGGUACAGAAGAGUCAGACAUGUCAAUCAAAUCAGAGCCAGACACCAAAGACAGCGUGGGGGCGGAGCUUUUCUCUCAGGAGGUGGAGGCGGUGCAGCUCCACACUGGCUCGUACCCGGAGGCUGACGGCACUUUAACUCAGGACACAUGUCUUAUCGGAGAGGAUGGGGGAGUCGGAGCUCCUCAGCAGGGACCCCCGCCUCCCCGCCCACCCAGGAAGAGGCGUCUGCGAGGGGGUGACCCCUGGAGGCUCCGCCUCGACUACCUGGUGGCGUACGGGCCUGCGGGUCAGGGCACGUUCUGCAUGGUGUGCUCUCAGGUUCUCCACGAAACAAAGGUCAGCAGCUUCCGCCGCCACAUCCAGGAGAACCAUCCGGAAACCACGAGCCUGAGCCGGCAAGAGAGGGAGGCCAUGGCUGCAGCCUGGACCAAAGAUUACUCUGGAGAGGGGUCACAUGGUCAGGACGGUGAGGACACACUUUAAGACGCUCUGAAAAUCUAAAUAUGAGGAUAGUUUCCCUGUUUACUUCCAUUCUUAUUAAACUCAGACUUUUGCAAACUCCACCUGUUUAAUAUGCUUCUCCUGGUGAUCCAGAGUCAGUAUAACUGAAAGAGGUUUUAUAAUAAGCUUUGGAGUCAGAUCUCCACUGCUAACCCUUUCCUUCACAGAAUCCAGACCAGAGCGCCUGACAUGUGGAAACUUUUUAAGCACACAAAAGUUCAGACUCAAAUAAAGAUCUGUGAAAUACAGUCCUGAUGUCAUGGGCCUGAUUUGUAUGAUCUGUUAGAGACUUCAGGCUGUGAUAGAAACACAGACAACAGUGGACCACAGGAACUAUAUACAUCCUUAAAGAAAAGUCCCUAGAAAUUAAAGUUCCCUGUAUUUUGGUCAGAAAGUUCCUAUAGACUUAAAUUAGGAUAAAAGAGAGAAAAAGUCUUUAAAUAACAUGUUUCUUUUCUGUUUUUUCAUCAGAUAUAAAUGUGGGUGGAGCCAACACCCUAGACACCCCCGCAGAGACGAAUCAGGACACCUCACCUGAUGCCAGGACGCCGAGCAAGAUGGUAAAAAAGGAAGAGGGGAGCGCAAGCGGAUGCAGGGGUCGAGGAAGAGACGCUGGCACCACAGCCACCCCCUCUCGUCAUGGUCACUACCCCGGAAAGGACCAGCGCAGGAACUACCAGGUGCGCUGGAGGAUGGAGUACCUGAUGGAAUACGACAGCCGCAGACACGGACUCAUCUGCAUGGUGUGUGGAGCCACGCUCGCCACCCUGAAGGUGAGCACUAUUAAGAGACACAUCCAGCAGGUGCACCCCCACUCCCUGGACUACACCCCUGAGGAGAAGCAGCAGGCCCUGCUGAGUUACAACCAGAGCGCCCUGCACUUCAUCCACCCCGAGGACCUGCCAGCCACCCCAGAGCAUGCACACGCCGAGCAGGGCCCCGCACCCUCACAACACUUUGGCACUUAGAAAGGGCUUCAAUCUACCGCCCCUCACACACCCCCGACUCUGUCCUCAAAGGGAAGGUCAAGUUUUUGUCAAACAGGGUCUUUAACUUCCUGUACCUGCCUCUUAAUCCUCGUCUCACCUGGCUUUACAAACUUGUUCAGAGCAGCGGACAGAAGAAUGAGACCCAAGUUUACACCAACUGAAAAUCACUGCUCCAACCCCUCUGAAGGGUUUACUCUAGAACCUCCAGGCCCUACAAAAUAAAAGUCCAGACACAAGCCCUAAACGAGAGCUCUUACCUGCUAAGCAAUGCCAGAAUUUGGGUUUUUUAUUUAUUGAAGUAAAACAAAUGAGGGAUCUGCAGCUUUUUACAAAGAGAUAAUGAGUCAAAUCUUCUCUCAGGACAGGAGUUUAAAACACAGUGAAAUUUUGAGGCCACAUUAGAGAAAGAUAACGGAGAUCUGGGGAAUUGAGUCAUAAAAUUACAGAAAUAAUGCACUUUUUUCCCUCAAGUCCUCCUGGAGUGUCUGGACUUUUAUUCUCCACAGCAGCAGGUUUGUGGUUUCCAUGCAGCUGUUUACCUGUGACCUGCAGGUGAGGGGGUGUCCAGGCUCGAGUCUUUCGCUCUCAGGAACCAGAGUCUUCGUUGAGGUCUGACGUGUCUGAAGACAAACACAGCACUUUGUCCCUGAACUGUUGGAACCCAGACGCCCGUCUGUGUGUCAGACUGGACGUUAAAGCUGAAGACAAUGAAUGCAGCGUGCAGUUUCCUUGCUCUCCGGUUUAUUUAUGUCCGUUUACAGUCCUGGAGACGUCUUCUCCUCUUUACUGAGAUAUGUUAUCUCUCCGUCUGUCCGCUCACUGGUCCGUUUCCUCCUCACUGCUCAUCCAAACUGCACAAAGACUGUAAAUAAAUAUGAAAACGGAAGUAUUUUUUCUUUCUAAAGCACUUUUAUGCACCUGCUUUCUACAGAACUUGUUUGUAACUCAGUUUUUCUACUUUAAGAAAACAGUGUUUCUUCUUCUUCUCUUUCUUCUUCUUCUUCUUCGACUUUGAAACUUUUGCUCCAGUUUUGGUACUGCUUCAUUAUUUUCAUUUUCUGUGCAGUGUGAGCGACAGAAAAAGUUAAAUUAAUUUAAAAAGAUGUCAAAAAGAAAAAUCUGCCAUAAAAAGUCACGACUUCACCUGGAAAAAGUAACUCAGGGAUUGUGUUUACAUCGAAUUUCAUCAGUGGUCUGACAGGUAACGUGUGAAAUGGGUUACCUGUAAGCUGAGGUUACAGGUGAGGCUUUAGAAACGACAGAGUGACAGGGCUGAAAGACUGAGGAGGACAAAUUUAGAUCAAAUCAAAGUAUUUAAAGUUUGGCAGAGGAGGCUAUAAUUUAACUUUUUAUUUCUUUAACUUAAAGACAAAAAAAUGCAAAAAGUGUUUGAAAAACUUUCAAUUUGUCAUAUUAUCAAGUCAACGUAUUUUGAGUUAAAGCUGUGAUUUUGAGAGGAAAAUGUUGACUUUGCAAAAAAAGGAAAACAAAAAAAAUCAGAAAUGACCCUGAAAUACUUUUUGUUAAUUUUAACUUUUUAUUUUCAAAAUAAAUGUUAAAAAGAAAAAGUUGAGAGAAAACAAAUAAAAAUUUUGCAGUAAAAAAAAAAAAAGCUUCAAUUCUAAAUCUUUUGGAAUGAGGACAUUUAGAGAAAAAGGUGAUUUUUAUUUUAAGAGUCAAACUUAAUUUAAAGGAAAAAGGUGUUUGUCAAAUGAAUCUGUAAAAGUCAAAAUAAGGAAAAUGUUCUGUUUUUAUUCAGAAGAAAAACUCGUUAAAGUGACUUUAAUUUGAAAGUUUAAAAAAUAAGCCGAAUUGAAAAUGUAAAAGUCAAAGAUUUGAGUCUUUAUCAGAGGUGGCACUUAAGUUAAAAUAAACUGUUGGGGUGGUCUUUAACAGGCUGGUAGUGCAGUUCAGUGUGAGGCAUUUCCAGGUGAGGAAUUUUGACAAAUCUCUUUAUAGAGUCAAAUUCGGCAGAUUUAGAAGUUGAUUUUCUUUUGAAAGUGAAAAACUGUAAUUGAGAAUUUAUAAAUCAGACAUAUCUGAAGGAAACAACCCUUCAGCUUUGGGGUUAACUCUUAAUGUUUUUCACACCAGGACACCCCCAUAUAGAGCUGCACACCCCAGUUUGGCCCUCACAUUCUAAAGGCUCUGGCUCUGCCCCUUUGAUUGGAAAAAAAAAAAAGAAUUUCAGGAGUAAGACAUGAUAUCAGACAGUCAGGAAAAUGAAAAAUAGCACUUUUUAGGAUUUUGUCCUCUCAGUUUUUUUGGUCUAGUUUUCAUGUUACUCUGCCAAAAGCUUGCAGAAUUGUCUCUGAUGAAUUUUUAUUUUUAAAGAUGUUAAAACAGAAACAAAAUUCCCUGUGACUCUGAAAUUCAGCUAAAAGCAGUCUAAAUUCACUCUGUCUAAAAAUAAACCUACAGACCAGACAGCACUUAAUUAUUUAAAAUGAAGUUACAGUGAAGAGUUUAUGAGUGUGUGUGUUACUAUGUGUGUGUGUGUGUGUUUUGUGUGUUUACCUGCAGAGGUUUUGUGUUUGUCGUCACUCUCACCUUUCCUCACCUGAGCUCCUGAACAUGUGAGAUGUGUUUUUUUUUUCUCCUGAUGAUCUUUGAAUAAAAAUAUCAGACUCACCGUAAAAA